AUGGCGUCGAAGAGUAACACCAUGCCGGGACAUGAUAGAUCAAGAAAACCAAGAAAUGAUGAUGAUGACGACGAUGACCCCGUUGAAAAAAUGCUAAAGAAGGCUGGAUGUCUUGAGCAACAUUAUGCAGUACAGGAGUGUAUGUUUGAUAACAGAGACUGGACCAAAUGUCAAGCUGAAGUAAAGGUUUUCAGGGAAUGCAUUGAGAAGUCACAGAAGAAAAAAUAACCUCAAUGAACUUGCUGCAGAUGAUACCAAACAUAUUGAAAAUAUAUGUUCUGAAGGUUUCAGUGGCAAUGUGGACAUCUGUGUUGUUACUCUCACGUAAGCACUGCCAAUAUUGCUGAUGGACCAAAUGAAGAAAGUGUCUAAUGACUUCAAUAGACUGCAUUAAUUAGAUCUCAUUAUCAGAAGCUUUUCAGUAGUUCCUGGUACUGUCUCUAAUAUGCUAAAAUAAGUAUAAUAAACGGGUACUACCUUUUGAAUUGUAUAUUUAUGCAGUUUAUAUUUUAUCUUUGUGUGUUAGUGAAUGUACUUUGUCAUAAAAAAAUGAAUUAUUGCAGCAUCUCAAUCAAUACUGUUAUUCUACAUUUACCUGGUCCAUUUUCAGGAGCCAGUUGUGAU